ACGUUAUUGUUAAUUUGCAUUUAUUCAUACAUGUAAUAAUUUUAUAUAAUUUUUUGUUGAAUUACGCUUACUACAAACACUAUGGUAUUUAUGAUGCCAUGGUAAAACCCCAUUUUUACCGAAUCCAUUUAAUUCUAUAGGUAAGCGCUCUGACCUUCGAUCAAAUAUAAUUGCGGUUUGGAAUCUGUGAACGGAUUUUAUCUCUAUUUAUAAUAACUAAAUUAAAAUUGUUAUAUUUGCGAUUUAUUGAAGUGAUUAAGUGAAAAUUAAGGAUUUUAUCUGAAGAACAAAAUGGAUAUGAGAAGAUCGAUCAUAGUAAUGGAUAUAGAAAGAACGGCAAGUCAUGAUCUGAAAUGCACCAUAUGCAAGAAUUAUCUUAAUAUAGCGCCCGUACUAACCUCAGACGAUGGCAAAGUAACCAAAUGUGGCAGGUGCCAAUACACCGGACCAAAUUUAAGCAACAGAAACACCUUGUACGAGUCAAUAGGAUCAAAGCUACGGUUUCCUUGCAUCAAUGAAGAAUGUAAACACAGACUGGCAUGGAACGACGUCCAGCGCCACGAAAGAUCGUGCCAAUACCGAAAGAUCUCUUGUCCGUUUUGGAACUGCAGAGACAAGAAUAUAUCUUUUAUCAUAUCAAACGACAUAAGUCACUUUGAGUCCUGUCAUCCAGGAUCAAUGCACUAUGGACCAAUCACACUUAAUUAUAAAGUCAUCACCCACCAUCAGUCUUUCAUAAAAUUACUCAUUGUAAACGAUAUUCCCUUUUUAAUGUUUAUUCAUUGUCUUAAAUUUGGCGAAACUGCCAUUCUUGUAGGCGUUUUUUCCUUUGACCAGAAACAGCACGAUUAUGAAAUAAAAAUUCGUUCUGAUUCUGAAUCUAGCAGAUACACAGUAUUUAGAGAAAAAGUUCCUCUUUACGAUGAACAGCAACAUUGCUUGUAUUGUCUGCAGAAUAUUUGUUUCCUUGAAAACCACAAGUUUUCCAAAAAGCAUCCAGACAACCAAAAUCAAAGGUAUGCUUUGUAUUCGAAUAUUGAUAUUCUAGCGGCCAAGUCCUUACUUCAGGCCGAGAACUUAAUGUUCGAUAUUAGUGUAGUUGAACGUGAACAUGAAGAAAACGACAGUAUUAUUAGUAGGAAUAGCGACUAAAAUUGUGAUAGUUUAUUUAAAAUAGUGGUAUCAUUUUCCACAGAACCGCAAUAUACCCAAAAGUAUUCGCUCCGUGCAUGACUGACGCGACACCUAGAGCCUUCACUUGACAUUAUUGGAGCUCACAAUUUGAGGUUAAGCAUAUGAUAAAUACGGUACCCCGUCAAAAAAGCUCCGACAUAAUAUCCCGCACACAAAAUAGCUCCGACAAAAUAGCCUGCAGACAAAAUCGCCGCGGAAUAAUAGCCCGCCGACAAAAUAGCCCCGACAAAAUAGCCCCGAAAAAAAAGCUCCCUUCAGAAUUCAUCAUGAAAUAAUUCCUUAAAAAUACAUUUUUUCGGAAAUGGUAAUUAUCCUCUAUUCAGAUGUUUAUCUUAACCACAUUAAAUAAAAAUUGUCUUUUCGGAGAACUCGAGUCCUGUCUUUCCUGCCUCUUGGAAGUUUGAACAAUAAAGUUAGGCAAAAAUCAAUGUUAGUUUAUGAUAUAAACAUUUUUUUCUGUUUUCGGGCAACAGUAAAAUGCAUUUUAAAUUAAAUAAAUUAAAUACAUUCUUCCUUUUUGUCAAAUAAUUUAAAUUAAAAAAAAGUUUUUGGACACCUUGUAUAAAUAAUUAUGUAAUUGUUUAUAAGAGGCUGUUUUAGCCGGGGCUAUUUUAGCCGGGGCUGUUUUGACCGGGGCUAUUUUGUGUGCGGGCUAUUUUGUCGGGGCUAUUUUGUGUGCGGGCUAUUUUGUCGAGGCUAUUUUGUGUUGAGGCUAUUUUGACGGGGCUGUUUUGACAUGGCUAUUUUAACGGGCCACGGAUAAAUACAUAUUGUGAAGUUACAAAUUAUUAAUAUUUAUUUUCUUAAUGAUAUUUUUCCAAUUUAUGUAUAAAAUGGAUGUAGUAUUAAGAAUUGGGUUUCUAAAAAUUUAUCACAAUUAAUUUUUCCAACUUCAAACGGAACAGUAAGCGAAAAAUCUAUCCUUGUUUUUAAACUAGGAGGAGUAAUUCAAAUUUACCGCACUGUAAUGCUUGUUUGUAAUUGAUCCAACCUCAGGCAAGUUUACUCCAAUAAAUUAUGAACUUUUGACACUAUUGAGAUUUAUAAAAUUCUGACAACUAUUGACAUUUAAAAUUCAUAGGUUAAUUAAGUUAUAUCGGCGAUUUUUUGUGUUUUCUGAGUUAUUCCUUUAUUUUUUAGAUUUUUAGUCUGCAUUUAUAUGUAUAAAAAACUGUUGUUUUUAGAAUACUUUAGCAAAUUGUUAUUAGUCUUAUAAGUUGACCGAUACUGAUUACUGGAUUUCCGUCAAAGGCCGAUAUGGUCAACUAAAAAAGAAAAUGAAUCUGGUAAUUUUUAUAGUGACAUUAUUUGGUGUGAAUCUUUUGAGUUUUGAGUUUACUCUUCAUAGUUUAAAUCUUGUCUGUGAUUCAUAUAUGUCAUUAUUGGGGAUGUGCAUAUAGAAAUUACACUUACUAUUUUGGCUAUUAUUAGCACAAUUAAAUACUUACAAAACAUUUAUCUAUCAUUUUUGAUAAAAUUUGUUAUACAAACAAUAGCAAUGACAUUACAAAGAUACCUCCAAUAUUGUCAUAUUUUGUCGCUACUCACGCUGGCAUCAUUUUAGGGUAUCCCACCAUGGUCACGCACGGAGCGAAUACCCAAAAAUAUAGCAUAAUGUUACAUUUUUAACGUACACAUUACAUGUAUACACUUUUUUCAUAUAUACGGACAUGCUAAGUAGAAUUUUUGUAAUAACUGCCAAUGGACUUUUUCACAGUAAUGAUUUAGGUAAAACUGUCAUCUACAUAACAUAUCUUUAGAUAUUUUCUAUUACCGCAGGUAGGUAUACUAAGAUGUGUUUGUAGUAAACUACUACAUCGUGAGUUUAACUACUCUAUUUUGGAUAUAUAUAUAUAUAGAUAUAGAUAUAUAUAUAUAUAUAUAUAUAUAUAUAUAUAUAUAUAUAUAUAUAUAUAUAUAUAUAUAUAUAUAUAUAUAUAUAUAUAUAUAUAUAUAUAUAUAUAACACCGGUUUAUAGCGUCCUGCGCCUUCCGGUUCCUAUUCUCCAGCCGCGUCGAUCUGUCCAAUCUCCUGGUCGGAGAUCUCUCUCAGACAUGACUUUCUGGAUUCCACUUAUCCAGGUUGUUUUCGGUCUGCCCCUUUUCCUUCUUUCCGGGGGUUGCCAUUCCAUUAUUAGCUUUGGGAGUCGAUGUUCCUCCAUUCUUUGUACAUGGCCAUACCAACAAAGUUGUUUUUGUUGGACUUCUUCAAUUAUGUUUGUUUUUCUAUUCAUAACAUCUCGUACCCGUUCAUUCGUUAUAUGUGAGACUCUGGAGAUGCAGGCCGAUCUUCGCCAGAAGUCCAUUUCCAGUGCAAGCAACUUCUGUUCUGUUCGCUUAUUCAGUUGCCAGGUUUCACAUCCAUACAGUACCACGCUUUUAAAGAUGCUAUUAUAAAGCUGUGUUUUCUUUUCUUUUGAUAUGGUUUUUGACCAAAGUAGCGAGUUCAAAGCUCCUAUUACCUUCUUUCCUUUCAUAAUUCUUUCCUCUAUUUCGAAUUCUGUCCUUCCACUUUGUUGGAUUCUCGUUCCAAGGUAUACAUAAUCAGAGCUUGGCUCGAUAACCAUAUCAUCCUCUAGAUGUAACUCACUUUUCUGUCCAAUAUAUUUUGGAUAUAUAACCAAAUUUAUAUGGAAUUACCAUGUAUUUCAAACUGAUAUUUAUUUCUUUUGUAUCAAUUAUUGUCAUGCAUGAUAAUGCACCUCCAUAUACCAGCAGAGUGACUAAAGACUUUCUUGAAGCAGAAGAUAUCACUAUUCUGGAGUGGUCUGCUUGCUCACCCUACCUUAACCCUACAGAGCAUUUGUGGGAUAUGCUUAAAGGAACAAUUAGAGCCCGCCGGGAUAAUCCACAAAACACAUAUUGGUUUUUAUAUUCGCGUGAAAUAAUGGGACUAAAUAUAAAUGUUCAAAAGACCAAAUAUAUGUGUUGCAGUAGGUUAAGCAACCCGACAUCUACAAGAAUAAUAAUUGAGGACCUAGAGCUGGAAGGUGUCGACACCUUCAUAUACUUAAGCACACUGCUAAAGUAUACUAAAAGUAAAGUAAACUAAAGAUAACAACGUCAGUUAAGAAAUUAAAAAAAGAAUAGUGCCGCCAAUAAGUGUUACUAUGGCUUAAGAAGACAGAUGGUCUCAAAAAUAAAUACCUAUUAAAAUUAAAUUGACUCUACAAAACAGUAAUAAGACCAGGUAAUAACCAAGUAACUUGGAUACUUACACAGAAUGGCCAAGAACUGCUCAGACGUUUUGAGCGAAAAAUCCUAAGAAGAAUAUAUAUAUGGAGGGAUAAAAGAGCAAGGUUUGUGGCGCAGGCGUUACAACUUUGAGUUGUAUAGAAGUUUUAGAGAACCUGACGUUGUAAAAUUCAUCAAGGUAGCACGCCUUAGAUGGAUAGGGCAUGUAAUCAGGCGAGAGGAAGAAAAGUUUUUGACCGAAGAGGGCCGAUAGGGCAACGAGCAAGGGGAAGGCCGAGACUUAGGUACCAAGACAACUUAGAGAACGAUUUAAAAUCUAUUGGAAUUAAAGCAUGGAUAAGAGUUGCCAGAGACAGAGACGAAUGGAGUAUUGUUCUGAAGAAGGCUUUGGCUUAUAAAGAGCUGUAACGCCACUGAUGAUGAUUAUGAUGAAAGGAUAAAAAAUAGAUGAUUGCAUAUAAGUUUGGUUGUAUAUAAUAUAUUCUGUCAAUAAAAACCGAAUAUACGGUGGCAAUAAACUAUUUUAUAGACAUUUUUGUGUUAUUAUAUAAAUAUGUUAUGUGAUGCGGUGAAAUUGGCCGUUACUGAUAGGUUUCGUUGCAUUGGCAUAGGAACACUACUGUGUGGAACUUCUUCUUAGAAUUAAACUGAUAUACUUCGACAAGAUUCUUUAAGCAAUAAUAUACAAUCAGACAAUGUUAGCCGUGUAUGUUAAUUAGAAUACUGUUUUAAAAGGCUCAAAAUAGUUUAUAAAACGGUUGUCUUAUGCUAAUUGUACAUAUUGGACAGUUGUCUUUUCUACAACUUCCACGUUUUUUUACUUGUUACACAAAAUGUUACUAGACUGUUCAAUAAGUUUUGCUGUUCGAUAAUAAAAACACAAUUGUAUAAUAUAAUCUUCCUGAAAAUCAGUACGCUUGUUCCAAUGAGAUUCCACUUUAUAAAUUCCAUCCCUGAAGGGAAAAUUUGGAAGGGUUGCAAAAUAUGUCUUCAUAGCUGUUAUGGCCUCAUCAUUUGACAAAAACGCUUUUAUCGCAUGAUUUUUUUAGGUAUUGAAAUAUAUGGAAGUCGCUAGGGGCCAAAUCUGAUGAAUAAGGUCCAUGCUCCAACAAUUCCAACUUUGAUUUAUGGAUUUUGGCCAUUGUUAAAAUGUUCAUAUAAUACGAUGCAUUGUCCUGAUGAAAAAUGAUUUUUUUCUUCUUCAAACCAGGUCUUUUUGUACUAAUUUUUUCCUUCAGCUGGUCUAAAAGGUUACAAUAAUAUCCACAAAAGUUAUCUACAAACAAAAUUACUCUCGCAUCUCAAAAAACUGAUGCUAACUCGUUUCGGAGACAGGUUUCGUAGAUCCAGGUUUACACAACUCUUAGCCUCUUGUUUUGAUUCAGGAUGAUGGUGAUAGAUUGAAGUCUCAUCCAUAGUGAUGCAUAGAUGCACAAAAUCUACUUUAUCCUUUCGAAAGCGCUCUAUAACUCUGUAUGUUGCUGAGAAAGUCGCAUUCGAAUGUGUUUUUGUUCCGUUGUUAGCGAAUGUGGCCCUCAUUGUGAACACAGCUUUCUGCAACCCAAUACUUCAGUCAAAAUAUUGCUUACACCACCCAAUGAGAUGCCUAGGGCUUCUACUAAAUCUCUUUCAGUCACUCGACGAUUUUCCAAUACCAUAUUCUCUAUUUUUUUACGAUUUCUGGCGUUGUUGCUGUUUUUGGACGUCCUUGACGUAGAUCAUCUUCAAGGCUUAUACGACACGUUUAAAUUCAGCAACUUAUCUUUCUGCUGUAUUAAUUGAAGGCCAAGAAUCCCUAGCCACUUUAAACAUUCGUUCAUUAAUUUUCUUUGCUUUUAAACUUUCCAAAAAUAUAAAUUGAAUCACUGCAUGAGACUUGGUUGUUUCCAUUGUAAAAAAUACUGUUACACGUCGAUACUAAAUGAUUUGUAAACAAAAAAUGAAUUGACAAAUUGAAUUGGCUCUCCACGUUGAGCGCCAAUUUUGCCGUGUUCAUAUUGACAAUGAUAUAUCGAACUCAUCUCCAAAUGCCAACAUUGGACCAAGAAACAAAUUCGAUAUAACAUCAUCAACACCAACACGGCGAACAUGAGACUUUAUGUGGGUCCUUGUAUUCUACUCCUCUGCAUUCCCCAGGCAUACGGUACACUAUCAAUAAAAAGGAAUGAAUUUCGGUAUAAAUGCUUUAUUUUCUCAUAUCUUUGGUUAUAAUUCAGGAUAUACAUUAUAGUCAUUGUGAAGUUACUUUAUAUAAAAAAAACUGUCUCUGCUGACAGGCAAAUACAAGAUUCAAUUAAAAACUUAGCUUGUGGUGUGGAGGCUUCUUCCGGCACUGUCCUAGGUUAUCUACAGCUCCAGAUCUGCUUCGGGAGGCGUCAGGCGAAAAUUUGAUGUACGGUGGUUUCCUCCGGAGCUAAUUAACUGUUCGUCGAACCCAUGGGUGACUGUCUCGAGGAAGUGCUACUUUACUAUUCACGUGAUUACUUAUCUGGGGAACAUACUAAUCUCUGACCCAAAACUGACGUGUUAAGGCUAGGGCCACGCCCUUCUCCUGGGUGCCAAUUAGGUCUGCAGUUACUUGAUGCUACUUACUUGGCGGAUAUUAUAGAAAUCAACCAGAAAGGCACCAGCAUGGUAUUUAUGAAAGUAAAAGAAAUUAAUUGAAGGUCAGCAUUAGCUGAUUACGAAAAAGACACUCUUAUUGAAACUGGUAAAGUUGAACGCUUUAAAAUUACGAAAAAGUUAAUGGCUUGAUAAAUACCGUUGCUUCGGAAUAAAAUAUUUAGAAAGAACGACUACUGGAAAUAAUUAAACGGUUUAAAAUGAAAAUGACAAUAUUUUGUCAAUAAAUACUAUCUGAGAGAAUAGAAAUAUUUUUUCUAAUUUAAAUCGGGCAUCACUAACUUCAUUUUAAAAUUGAAAAUGUAUAUACAGGGUGCACAAAAAGAGUAUAGAUGGAACGACUAAUGAAUGUUUGCUAAAAAUUAAAAACAACAGCUCCCUGGGAGGGCCUCUAAAUGCAGAGUGGGCCUCAUUAAAAUAAAUUCUACAAAGUAGCGGGUUUGCACGCUACAAGUUUCAUACACGUUCAUAUGAAAAGUGUACCAACAUAACAAAAAAAAUUAGGCUAGUCGCAACGCCCUCUCUUAUCAAGCCGCAAAAUUUAUUGAACAGCCUUAUAAACGCCUACAAAUAGACUCUUUAAUAAGCUUAACUUACUUUUGCUUUAAUGUGAAAUAUAUUGUAAUUGAAAAGGCAAAAAAAUGGACAACUAUCUUCGUCUAUUUUUGCUUUUCGUAGAAAUCCGUACAUCCAGUAAUAGAGUUUAUAGAGCUUCUAUAUCACAAUAAUUCGCCCUCUGUCAAACUCAAUGAAUUGGUGAUAAUGCUUCUUUGCACUCUAGAUAUCCUAAACAUUUGUAAACAAUGUUUAGGAUACCUAACUAUACUUUACAAAAUUUUAAUUUCUACUCUCCCUAUAAGCUAUAUUUGUUGACUAAGUUGUAGUUAAAAAGAAAUCAGAUAAAGACAAAUUAUUACUCUGAUAAAGCUAAAAACUUCAUUUGCUUAUAAAGUUUGCCUAAAAUUGUAUACAGUUAACCCAAUAAAUACCGUCUUUUACUUGGUGAUCGGAUUUUUUGUCAUGUACUUAUAUUCUCUAUUUUAUCAUUAAUUAGUCUAAAAUAUUUAAAAGACAAUCUCUAAUUUUUGGUACUAUAUAUUCAUCCUAGCAGUUUCAUAUUUUCAUUUCCUAGAAGGCUAUUACUACCAUCUCAGAUGCCAUGAAAGAGAUACGCGAAAUUCGUUGUCUGAAUAGUUUAGAGCGUAGGCGCAAAAUUUCGGGCCAAUGCUUUUUAAAUGCAUUCAUUUUUUUUUCAAAGCCUGAGAAAACUAAUAAAUAUUUUUCAAAAAUUUAAACGCAGAAUGAAAGAUUACAUUAUUACAAUGUUCAACUAUUAAACUAUAAAAUAAUAGUCAUACUGAUAGUAUCGUUCGAUGUGAACCAUUCUGAUAGUAUGGAAAUGGCCUCUAUUGUAUAGGAAAUGGAAUUAUGCACAAUAUAUUAAGCUCAUUUAAAAUCAAACAAUAAAUUGGCGACAAUCAAUAAAACCCCCACCUUGAACCAUUGGAAAAAUGUAAUGUUUAGGUUUUAGAUUAGGAAUACCAUUAAAAGCAAAGAAUAUAGAAGAGUUUAUUCAUUAAGUAGUUUAUAGAGUAGUAGUACACUAUACAUUCCUUUUCUAAGCAGCGUCUCUAAACAAAAACCAAUUUCUUGAAUGUUA